CAGCAACACUUCAGCCCGCCAUGUCCACGGCGGUCUAUGCGGUGCAUGCGGCGCAGUGGGCCGCACGCCAGGGUGCGUCCGCGCCGCGGCGCGAGUUCUUCAGCCAGCUGAGGUUGAAACUUCGGAACGCCCGGAAAGUAGAGAUACCAUUCCCCACGGUCCACUCGGAGAGUGGCUGGAAUGUCGUCUAUGGCACGAUGCUUCGGCAGUGGGAAGAAGAGCAGGCCCGUCUCUUGGCCAAGACGUGGCGUGGCCGGGUGCAGGCGUUGAGGGAGACAUUCUCAGAGAUUCGGCCCUUGAUGGUCUCUACAGCAUCUGGUUUCAUGGUGCUGACGGUGAGUGAUGUAAUGGUCCAGAAGGCUGUUGAAAAGCGCAAGGAAAUAGAUGUGACCCGCACAACUGCCAUGGGGCUUUUCGGCCUGGGAUAUGCGGGCUUUCUGCAGCACUUCCUCUACACGCGCCUUUGGCCCUUGAUUCUGCAGGCAGCGCGUCUCUCGGGUUCGCGUGCAGUGGCCUUCCAGGUUUUAGGGGAUCAAGGUGUGUACAUGCCGUUGAUGUAUCUUCCCAUCUACUAUGCCAGUAAGGAGAUGGCAUGUGCUGGGCAGAUGAUUUGGGAGACCGCCAUGGCGGGUGUUCAGCGUUGCAGAGAGAAUCUGAUGACUGACCUCCAGUUGUGCUGCUGUUAUUGGAUUCCAGUGCAGGCGAUCACCUUUGGCCUCAUCCCACUGGCGGCGCGGGUCUUCUUUAUGUCCAUGGCGGGGGUGGUCUUCCAAGUGGGUUUGCAAACAGUGAUGCUGCACCGCCGCAGCGAAUGAAAAAAAAAACGCCGAGCCAGGGCGGCAGGGCGCGCCAGCCCUUCUGCGCCAGGGAGAUGUGGCCCCAGUUUUUUGGGGAUCCCUAAGGAGUGGGGACCGCCAAGACGGUGGGACGAGAUUUCCAGUUGAAAAAUGGCUGUUGG